AUGUCUCAACAACUUCCCUACAGGCAAUACAGGAAGCCAUCGCGGCAAGCUUCGAUGGAUCCUCACAACGACCUCAACCCGCACAUUGACCACUACAUUGGCAUCGAUGUCGGGACGGGCAGUGCCAGGGCUUGCAUCAUUGACUCCUCUGGCGAUAUCAAAGCUUUGGCCACUGAGAACAUCGGGUUGUGGCAGCCCCAGAACGGCUACUACGAGCAAUCUACCACCGACAUCUGGAACUGCAUCUGCAUGUGCGUCCAGCGGGCCAUCACCCAGCAUAACAUCGAUCCCACGACCGUCCGCGGCAUUGGUUUUGAUGCGACCUGUUCCCUAGCGGUCUUUGCUCACGACACGGACGAGCCAGUGCCUGUCACGGGGCCGAACUUCGAAAACGACGGCAAUGAUCGCAAUGUCAUCUUGUGGCUGGAUCACCGACCAAUUGAGGAGACCGACAAGAUCAAUGCGACCGGCCACAACCUCUUGCGCUACGUCGGAGGCAAGAUGAGCAUUGAGAUGGAGAUACCCAAGGUUCUUUGGCUGAAGAACCACAUGCCGCCUGAGCUAUUUGCACGCUGCAAGUUUUACGACCUGGCAGAUGCCCUAACGCACAUGGCUACGGGUAAUGAGAAUCGGAGCUUCUGCAGCACCGUCUGUAAGCAGGGUUACGUGCCCGUUGGCGUUGAUGGGAGUGUCAAGGGCUGGCAAGAGGACUUCUAUGAGGCCAUUGGCUUGGGUGAUCUGACCAAGGAUAACUUCAAGAGGAUGGGUGGAGUUGACGGGGUGAAUGGGAAGUAUCUGAGUGCUGGUGAGUUGGUGGGCACUCUAAGUGAGAAGGCUGCAAACCAGCUGGGCCUGCCACCUGGCAUUGCAGUUGGUAGUGGUGUCAUUGAUGCCUACGCAGGCUGGGUUGGUACCGUGGGUGCCAAAGUCAGCUUGAGUCCCGAUGAACUUGAUAGCGGAGUGCCCAAGAACGACAUGUCACAAGCAUUUAGUCGGUUGGCUGCAGUGGCUGGAACGUCCACUUGUCAUCUUGCCAUGUCCAAAGAACCCGUCUUUGUCGACGGUGUCUGGGGACCCUACCGAGAUGUCCUCCUCCCAAAUUACUGGAUGGCGGAGGGCGGUCAAUCUGCAACAGGAGAGCUCCUCAAACAUGUCUUGGAGACGCACCCCGCAUACAAUGAGACCAUGUCCAUGGCAGAGUCCUUCAACACAAGCAUCUACGACUACUUGAACUCCCACCUCGAGGAGCUGAGAGAGAAGAAGGGGGCGCCGACGAUCUCCUACCUCGCGCGGCACUUCUUCUUCUACGGCGACCUCUGGGGCAACCGAUCUCCCAUCGCAGACCCAAGCAUGACGGGUUCGAUCAUCGGCAUCAGCAGCGACCGCAGCAUGGACGGCCUCGCGCUCUACUACUAUGCGACGCUAGAAUUCAUCGCCAUGCAAACGCGCCAAAUCAUCGAGACGAUGAACGAGGCUGGGCAUUCGAUCACCAGCAUCUUCAUGUCAGGCUCCCAAUGCCAGAACAAGAUCCUGAUGGAGCUGAUGGCGACUAUUUGCGGCAUGCCGGUGCUGAUCCCGCGCUACGUGCACGCGGCAGUGGUGCACGGUGCGGCCAUGCUCGGAGCCAAGGCGGCCAGCGCCGACAAGGAGGGCAAGACCGAGGACCUGUGGAGCAUCAUGGAUCGCAUGAGCAAGCCGGGUAAGGUGACGCGGCCGGGCAAGAACGAGGCUGAGAAGAAGCUGCUGGAGGUUAAGUAUAAGGUGUUCUUGGAGCAGUGCAGGACGCAGCAGGAAUACAGGAAGGUCGUGGAUGAGGCCAUUGAGGGUUGGGGUUCGGCUUAG